CGGGCUCAUAACCCGGAAGCAGUCGGACCUGCGGCGCUGUUUAAAGAUGGCGGCGGAGGAGCCUCAGCAGCAGAAGCCGGAGCCGCUCGGAGGCGACUCCGAAGGAGUUAACUGCCUGGCCUACGAUGAGGCCAUCAUGGCUCAGCAGGAUCGCAUUCAGCAAGAGAUCGCUGUCCAGAAUCCACUGGUCUCAGAGCGUUUGGAGCUCUCGGUUCUGUACAAGGAGUACGCCGAAGAUGACAACAUUUAUCAACAGAAGAUCAAGGAUCUGCACAAAAAAUACUCAUUCAUCCGGAAGACCAGACCCGAUGGCAACUGUUUCUACCGAGCCUUUGGCUUCUCCCACCUGGAAGCCCUCCUGGAGGACAGCAAGGAGUUGCAGAGGUUUAAAGCCAUCUCUGCCAAGAGCAAAGAGGACCUGGUGUCCCAGGGCUUCACCGAGUUCACAAUUGAAGACUUCCACAACACGUUCAUGGACCUGAUCGAGCAGGUGGAGAAGCAGACCUCGGUGAGCGAGCUGCUGGCCUCCUUCAAUGACCAGAGCACCUCGGACUAUCUGGUGGUCUACCUGCGGCUCCUCACCUCCGGCUACCUGCAGCGGGAGAGCAAGUUCUUCGAGCACUUCAUCGAAGGCGGGCGGACCAUCAAGGAAUUCUGCCAGCAGGAAGUGGAGCCCAUGUGCAAGGAGAGCGACCAUAUCCACAUUAUCGCGCUGGCCCAGGCCCUCAACGUCUCCAUCCUGGUGGAGUACAUGGACCGGGGCGAGGGCGGCACCACCAAUCCUCACGUCUUCCCCGAGGGCUCGGAGCCCAAGGUCUAUCUACUGUACAGACCCGGACACUACGACAUCCUCUACAAAUAGGUGUCGCGCCGCCCCUUCUCUCCCUCCCCGCCCGCCUCCCCUCCCCUCCCGUGCUCACAGGCGUUAGACAUGUACAGAGGUUUUUUUUGUGGUUGUAAAUGGUAAUAUUUCACUUUUUUCCCUUUCUCGGCUCCCCCCCCCCAAUCCUAUCCCACAUGACCCUGCGUGUUUUAUUAAAGGGGAUGCUGGCGGUGAGGCUGUGUGUGAGUGUGUGUGUGUGGGGGUGGGGGUUGUGAGUGUGUGCGUGGGGGAGUGUCUCGCCGCUGGGCUCCUUGGGGCCUCCCCCAGCUGGCUUGGUGGGGCCGGGCCUCUCCGUCCCACCCUCACCUGCCUCUUGGUCCUCCCUCUUUCAGACUCUCAGUGACCAAAUAGGACCUUGAGCCGGGCUCGGCCGUUUCCGUCCGUGAGGGCAAGGGUCGCGGCCCGUCCCCAUCAGGUCCGGGUUCGGCCUUCCCGGCCGGCCGCUGCCCCGGGCUUCUGGCGGAGCUGUCGGGUGAGGGCGUGCGCCUCUGCCACUGCAGUGCCCCACUGUGCCUACCCCAUCCUUGCCCCGUUCCCCUCUCCCCUCUUCAGUCGGCCGGUUCAGCCCAGUGCCCCUUUCGGGCGCUGGUCUACGCUCGGUCGGAGCGCGCGGCUUGGCCUCGGUUCCCCUGCCCCAAUCGGUGCUGCCUCGGGGCCGGAGGCCGGACCCCAUCGUGGGGGCCCGUCGGCCCCGACGUGCUGGCUUUUCUUUUAUUCUGGCGGCCGCCAGGCCGCCCCGAUGGUGAGGGGGGUGACGGAGCCCCCUGCCUCCCAGAGAGCCGCCUCCUCCCCCCCUUCUCCUCACCACGGGGCGGAUGCUCCAAUCGCCUCCCCGAACGUCUCCCGGCACGACUCGGGGGAGGGCUCCGUCCUCCCGGGUCCGGCUCCCGCCGUGGGCCCGUCUGCCGGGCCCUUUCCGUUGCACGGGGGUCCCGUGUCCUGGCCCACCGUCCCCCUGCGCGGGGCCGCGGCUGGCUUCUUGCUGGUGGUUGCUGCUAGGUCGGUGCCCAGCAGAGGGCACUGCCCCUCCAGCUGGGCUCUGCCUGGUGCCCUGCAGGGACCAGGUCCCCCCCCCCCCAUCUCACAGCCCCUUCCCCUUUACCUCCGGGAAUGCCCGCCUCCCCAUCCCAACCCCCCGCCCUUGGCCCACGUGGAGGGGAGGCGGGGCCCUGUAGAAACAACCUCCUCCCCCUCAUCUGAUGCAAAGGCUCCCGCUUUGGACUCCGGACUCGGGCCGAACUGGGGCCUCCAGUUCCCUUCUCUCCGUUGCCCCCCAUCUCUGUCCGGAAGCCUAAACGGCCUCCUGGAUCGGAGGCUGGAGAAGGGGGUCCCACGGGGCCGGGGGGGGGGAGCCCACCCUCUCUGCGCAGCACCCACUGGGAGCAGGAAGAUAAUGUGUGGGGGAGAGCCCACCCUUCUGUUACCCAUUUCCCCCUCCUCCCCUCCCCCUCAGUUUUGAGACCUUUACUUUAGUCUCCUUUCCUCCAAAUUCCCACUAAGCUUUCUCCCAGCCCCCUCCCUCUGCACCCAAUUCCUGCUUUGCCUUUGGUGUCUGGCCAAGGGUCCCCGUCCUCUCUUUUCUUUCUCCUCUUCCCGCCACCACUCUACCCUUCCUUCCCCCCCCUUUCUGGAUUCUUCAAGACCCCCCAGCAUGAGGAAAGGGGGGAAGUGAACUCUCACCUUCCCAAACUCAACCACCCCAACCUCCCUUCCUCCCAUCAGGAAGUCAAAGCAGAGACCGGAAUCCCUCCCCAGAAAGAAAAUCAGCGGUUUGUCCAACUUGACUCCUUAGGACUGUAAGCUCCUGGAGGGCAGGGUGCAUGGCUCUGUGUGGUGUGCGACUGGCUGCGCCUAGCACAAGGUGGGCAUUCAAUAAACGUCGUUACAAAUGGCAAA